AUGCAGGGUCGCGCGAUUCAGCAGGCGCUCGCGAAACAGCAGGCGGUGUACGAGCACGCCUUGGCCGCCCUGCACCAGCAGCAGUUGCAGCAGGGCGCGCUCGGGUCGUACUCUCGGCAGCAGCUGCUGGCUGCGCAGGUGCAUGCUCAGCAGGAGCAGGGGCAGCAGGCCAGCGCGUGGCACGCGCUUGCCACCCAGCAGCAACAGCAGCAGCAGCGGCAGCAGCAGCAGCAGCCGUCGUAUGGCGAGCUCCCUCGCAUGCUGAGCCCGGACAUCCUGUCCAGCAGCAGCCUCCUCGGCGCCAUUGGCCUCGGGGGCGGCAUCUCCUCUGGCGGCGGCCUCUCCACCGGCAGCGGCGGCAACCGCCGCACCAGCCGCCAGGGCGACGCAGCCGCAGGCGCCCGCGACGCCCCGAGGCGCGCAGUUGACAGGGGCGCGCCAGCCACGUCCGCCGCUCCGCGAACGCCCCCGCGCCACGUGCGCGGGGAGCCGCCCGACUACCGGCGGCUGUUCAUUGGCAACCUGGCGUGGUGGGUCGACGAGGAUAUGCUGCGCCAGAGCUUUGAGCAGUUUGGCGCCAUCAUCGAUGUGCAGAUCAUGUGGAACACCAAGAUGCGCGGCAAGGGCAAGAAGAUCAACCGAGAGUUCGGCUUCCUAUCCUUCUCGACCCCCAACGAGGCCGCCACUGCGAUCCGCUGGAUGCACGGCGCAGUGAUCGAGGGCCUGACUAAGGACAGCGACGGCCUGACGGUGCAGUACGAGGCGCAGGGUACCAGCGGCAAGGGCGCCGCCGCGCAGGCGCACGCCGCCGCCGCAGCGCUCGGCGCGCACGCGGGGCUGCUGCAGCAGCAGCUGCAACUGCAGCAGCACCUGCAGGCCCAGGCGCUGGCGCACCGGCGGCAGCAGCAGCAGCAGCAGCAGCAGCCUGCGGCUGGUCUGAGUUUGUCGGGCUCCCUGCCACCAGCCAGCCUGGUCGGGCUGCAGGCGCUGCCCCGUCAGCACGACGGCAGGGUGCCUCCACCCCAGCAGCAGCAGGCCGCGAUGGCGGCCGCGGCACAGCAGCUGAUCGCGGCUGCUGCGGCCGCCGCCGCCGCACCGACGAGCGCGGCGCCAACCCUCAUCUGA